AUGGACGGCGGGGGGCAGCCCCCGGACACGGAGAUGACGGACGCCGGCGCGGGCGGCGGGGGGCAGCCGCCGGCGCCGGCGCAGCAGCAGCCAGCGGUCGGGGCCGGGAUGAUGGAGAACAUCCAGGCGACGCUCAGCCACGGCGGCCGCUUCAUCCAGUACAACAUCUUCGGCAACGUGUUCGAGGUCACCGCCAAGUACAAGCCCCCCAUCCUCCCCAUCGGCAAGGGCGCCUACGGCAUCGUCUGCUCGCCUAGCCUAAGGGAACUUUCCCUCCCUCGUCUUGGCUGUGACUGGGAGAUUGUUGCAAUACGGGAUAUCAUACCUCCUCCACAAAGGGAGGCAUUCAAUGAUGUGUAUAUUGCGUAUGAAUUGAUGGAUACUGAUCUGCAUCAAAUUAUUCGUUCAAAUCAAGCUUUGUCAGAGGAGCACUGUCAGUAUUUUCUUUAUCAAAUUCUUCGUGGCUUGAAGUAUAUACAUUCAGCAAAUGUUCUUCACCGUGACUUGAAGCCUAGUAAUCUUCUUUUGAAUGCAAACUGUGACCUCAAGAUAUGUGAUUUUGGGCUUGCUCGCACCACCUCAGAAACUGAUUUUAUGACUGAAUAUGUUGUCACAAGAUGGUAUAGAGCACCAGAGCUUUUGUUGAACUCCUCUGAAUAUACUGAUGCUAUUGAUGUGUGGUCUGUGGGCUGUAUAUUUAUGGAACUGAUGGACCGAAAACCCCUGUUUCCUGGAAGAGACCAUGUCCAUCAGCUACGUCUACUAAUGGAGCUCAUUGGGACACCGAAUGAGGCUGAUCUUGAUUUUGUAAAUGAAAAUGCAAGAAGAUAUAUCCGCCAACUACCCCGGCAUGCUAGACAGUCCUUCCCUGAAAAAUUUCCACAUGUUCAACCUUUAGCAAUCGACCUGGUGGAAAAGAUGCUGACUUUUGAUCCUAGACAGAGAAUAACUGUUGAAGGCGCACUUGCACACCCUUACUUGGCAUCACUUCAUGACAUAAGUGAUGAGCCAGUCUGCUCAAUGCCCUUCAGCUUUGACUUCGAGCAGCAUGCAUUGUCGGAAGAACAAAUGAAGGAUCUGAUCUACCAAGAGGCUCUUGCAUUCAACCCUGAUUACCAGUAG